AUGGCUUCUUCCACAAGCUUCAAAAUUUUCUUACUUUUAGCUCUUUUCGCCACUUCAUGCAUAGCUCAAUCCCCUGUUCCAGCACCUAAAAUCUCGCCCACCGCUUCACCAACUCCGACACCGGCGCCGGCAAUGUCGCCGCCGACUCCAACUCCGACCACCUCACCAACUCCAACCCUAGGACCUUCACCAUCAUCUCUCCCUGUUUCUCCAUCUUCACCAACCCCCGCCGGACCUGGUGCUUCUCCGGCAGGUCAGCCCGCCGCCGACGUCCCACCGGCACCUAACUCCGGUAACAGAGCUGUCUUUGGUGGAGCUGCAUUUGCUGGAGCUCUCAUUGUUGUUGCUUUGUUGUAG